AUCGCCGAAGAGAGCCAUAAAAAAUGCAGGACCCGCGGAAGAGAGCAGCUGCCGUUGUUUCCCCCAAAAGUUUUUGGUAUCCAUGGGGAUCUAGUAACUCCUCUGCUAUAGUACAUAUUUGACAAGCUACAGUCGGCUCCAGCUUCACGUUCAGUGUGGUUCAGACGCGCGGAGAUUCUCAGCGUUUUAACUCAGUUUGUUUUUUGUCAGUUGGUGAGGCCACCCCAACAACACAGCAGUCAUGGACGCCAUCAAGAAGAAGAUGCAGAUGCUUAAACUAGACAAGGAGAAUGCCCUGGACAGAGCUGAGGGAGCUGAGGGAGACAAGAAGGAAGCGGAGGACAAGAGCAAACAGCUUGAGGAUGACCUGGUAACGCUGCAGAAGAAGCUGAAAGGAACAGAGGAUGAGUUGGACAAGUACUCUGAGUCUCUUAAGGAUGCCCAGGAGAAACUUGAACUCGCCGAGAAGAAAGCCACAGACGCCGAGGCUGAUGUAGCUUCCCUGAACAGACGUAUCCAACUGGUUGAGGAGGAGUUGGACCGUGCUCAGGAGCGUCUGGCCACAGCUCUGACCAAGCUGGAGGAGGCUGAGAAGGCUGCUGAUGAGAGUGAGAGAGGCAUGAAGGUGAUUGAAAACAGAGCAUCGAAGGAUGAGGAGAAGAUGGAGCUGCAGGAGAUCCAGCUGAAGGAGGCCAAGCACAUUGCUGAGGAGGCUGACAGGAAAUACGAGGAGGUCGCCCGUAAGCUGGUCAUCAUUGAGAGUGAUCUGGAACGUACAGAGGAGCGCGCUGAGCUCUCUGAAGGCAAAUGUGCUGAGCUUGAGGAAGAGUUGAAGACUGUCACAAACAACCUGAAGUCUCUUGAGGCUCAGGCAGAGAAGUACUCACAGAAGGAGGACAAGUACGAGGAGGAGAUCAAGGUUCUCACAGACAAGCUAAAGGAGGCUGAGACCCGUGCUGAGUUCGCUGAGAGGUCCGUGGCCAAGCUUGAGAAGACCAUUGAUGAUCUGGAGGACCCUCUGUACCGGCAGCUUGAGAAAAAUCAUCUUCUUUCCAAUGAACUGAGAGUGGUGUUAAAUCAGGAUUAAACUAUUACUGGAUGUGUUGUGAAAUUAGCACUGUGCUCAAAUUAGAAGAAAAAAAAUUAAAAUACCCUUAUUGUCUUGGCAUGUCAUUGGCCGUAGACAUUUGUCUGAUGCUGUGAUGGAAAUAUAGGCUAAUGUGUGUUUCUGACACAAACCUAAAAGUGAGGCAAAGACAAAAACAUAUACAUAUUGGAUAAUAUUUAUUGGGAACAAUUAAUUGGACUGUAGUUAAUGCGGAGCAUCAGAGAAAUGAAAUGCAUGUUCACAUUGCAGGUGAAGAGGGCAGGUUUUACAGACUCACAGAUGGAUUUCAGCGCAGGCCUAUUUUAGUUUAGUUAACCAACAUCUGGAAUUGUUAUUUCAUGAACAGCAAUUUGAUUUAGAUAACAUAAACUGGAUCACUGUCUAUAAGUCUAUGACUGAAAGAUCGUCCAUUGUACAGGAGUAAUUCUGGGCAUGACCUGGGUCUGUGAAACUGAGCCAUAAUGUAUGAUAAGGCUUGAUAUGAGUGUGCAUUAUAACAAUAUCUACUGACUGUGGUUGACUAAGGAUAUACACAGGGACCACCUUUUAAUGUUUUAACUAUAACAAUCUUCAUUCAAUAUUAUUGGGUCUGUGAAACUCUUGGUUAAGUCAUUUUCAUUGUGGUCAAAAAUUAUAGUCUGCAGGCUUCAUUUUUAUGUUGCACACAUAGUGAUGAAUUGAACAUGUUUAAUGGUACUGUAUAUUGACAGACAAACUCUAUCAGGCUAAUGAUUAGAACUUUGACAUGUGUCAAAUGUUGGAUCAAACACCCAUGAACCUCAAUAACAUGCAACAACAUGGUCCAUUAUCACACAAGACUGCACCGCUCACCUACUGUGACCUGGUCCAGCAUUACACCAUGAUCACACCAACACUCACCUGCUGUGACCUGGUCCAGCAUUACACCAUGAUCACACCAACACUCACCUGCUGUGACCUGGUCCAGCAUUACACCAUGAUCACACCAACACUCACCUACUGUGACCUGGUCCAGCAUUACACCAUGAUCACACCAACACUCACCUGCUGUGAUCUGGUCCAGCAUUACACCAUGAUCACACCAACACUCACCUACUGUGACCUGGUCCAGCAUUACACCAUGAUCACACCAACACUCACCUACUGUGACCUGGUCCAGCAUUACACCAUGAUCACACCAACACUCACCUGCUGUGACCUGGUCCAGCAUUACACCAUGAUCACACCAACACUCACCUGCUGUGACCUGGUCCAGCAUUACACCAUGAUCACACCAACACUCACCUACUGUGACCUGGUCCAGCAUUACACCAUGAUCACACCAACACUCACCUGCUGUGACCUGGUCCAGCAUUACACCAUGAUCACACCAACACUCACCUGCUGUGACCUGGUCCAGCAUUACACCAUGAUCACAC